GCUUUUCAUCAAAGAGGAAAAGAGCCUUGGAUCAAUUUGAGUUGGAAAAUAUGGAGAGUAUCAUAGAAGAUCAUACAUGUUUGAGUGAUGGAGACAGUGACUCUGGGCCAAUUUGUAAAAGAUCAAAAUUAGAUUUUGUUGACUCUGAGGAACUUAAUAAAAAAUCUGAAUGCCUGACAAAAACUAUUGCACAAGAUGAAACAAAUGGAAAAGCAUUUGCAACUUGUCAUUCUGUGGAGGAUGAAAUUCUCAUUACUGAUACUGUAAAUGUAAAGCAACUACCAUUAACUGAAGUGCAGGCAGGCAUUACUGAAUAUCUCGGUACACAUACAGGAUUUAAUGCUAUUAUAAAACAGAGGUACUUUGUCUUUCUUUCUGCAUUUUUUAAAAAAUCUUUUGUUUUUUAAGUUAAUUGAAUGAAAUCUUCAUAGAGGUUUAAAUUAUAAAUGUUAGAAAAAGCACACAAAUUAGACUUCAUGCAGAAUUCUUGCUAAAAAUUAUCUGAAAAAAAAGACAAGAGAGUAAUAAAUUAUGUAUUUUCAGGUAUUCAGAUUUUAUUGUAAAUGAAGUUGAUCAAGAAGGAUGUGUGGUCCACUUGACUAACCUACUAGUCCCAGAAGAGGACACAGAAGAUCAAAAGGUAUGCAAAAUUUAAAAAAAGGGCUGUUCCGUUUGAAAUUAGACUUACCUGGAUAUUAGAGAUUAACAUGCAAACAUUUAUUUAUAAUUAGCUGAAGGUAAUUAAUUAUAUUAUAUAUUUAUUAAUUACAAUAAAGUUUAUUCUAUGUGAUAAGAUAUGAUUUAAUACUGGUAAUUAUUAUUGUUUAUUUAUUUUUUUAAAACCGUAGUUCUACUUUUUUUCCCACUCAUUGAAAAAAUGAACACUCAUUGAACUAUGUUAUUGCAUCAAAUACAAAUAAUAAGUGAAGAGGGGCAUAAUUCGUAACUACAUGAAAUGCUGUUAUUCUCUGCAUUAUAAUUAUAGAUACUGUAAUAAAUUACUGUCAUCCAUCAUGUAGAUUAGACUUGGCACAUAUUCAUGUGUACAUGAUUUCAACCAUGUUCCUACAAAUUAUAUUUGUACCACAAUAAAUUUAUAUUCGAACCCCUAUUAUUUAUCAUUCAACAGCAGCCUGUCAAAGAAAAACCAGAUUGUCUCUGUGAUGAAGACUUGGAGAAGCUAGAGAAACUUGUCAAGGAAGCUGAUAAAAACAAGACUGUUGACAUAACUGUGAGUCAUCAUCGAUUACCUGAGAUUUAGCAUUAGGUUACCAUGAAUUUUUAGAGUUAUUUGGAAGUUAGUUCAAUAAUUUAAACCAAAAUAAUAUCUACUUUUUGUUUAGGCACCUGAAUGCAAAGAUCUUCGCACCAAAAUACAUAUCUGCAUUAAGACAAGAUUCACUCAGCUAGAGACAAAAACUUUGGAAAAAGAUGGCCAGAAAAUUAUCCAGGCCUUAUGGAAAACAGGUGCGUCAAAUGGGUGGCAAAACUGAUGUGGUAGUAUGACCUCUUUUUUAUGGAAGGGCACAUCUCCUACAGGAAAUAUUCCAAAACAAUUAUUACUUGCUCAUUUAAAAUUUUUGAAUGGCUUAUAUUUAGUGCGGUAAUAGGACAUUAUUAGAACUGAUGUGAAGUUAGGGAGGAAAAGUACAAUUGAAGACCUUACAAGUACUUAAGUCACAAAUUACAAAUUUAGAGAUAAUCAAGUUCAAAUAUUCUAUACGCCUAUAAAAUGUGAUCAUUUGUAUAUAUUGUCCUGUCUAACCUGAUUGCAGUCUCUCCCCUUAUUACCCUUAACUAUAUAUACUUUUAUUGCUUCUGAAAAUGUUUAAGACCCUGCUAUUUUUUUUUAAAACUGGUAAACUAGGAGCAGCAAUCUUAAAAUCAAAACUGCUUAUACACCAAUUUUAAAAACGGACUAACAAAGAUACUUGUUCUAAAGCCCAUUCGCUCACACUAGUUUUGUAUGGGAAAAGCCUGAAAAUUGUAUUACCUGCUCAUAAGCCAACAUAUAAAAUAGUACCUUAUCAAAGUGUAAGUGACUGAAUAGUGUAGCCAUCUUUUUCCGGUAUCUUUGUUUUUAUGUAACAUAAUAAACAAUGGCAUCAGCUCGGGAAAUACAAAUUGUUGAAAUGAAAAUUUGUUAAACAUAAAUAACAUGAAAACUUUAUUUUGAUAUGGUUGACUUUGUACCUCGCAUCGAGCCUUUGGGGAUGAAGCGUGAUUUUCAAAUAAACUUUAUUAUUAUUGUUACGAAAAUGUAAAAAAAAAUAUAUAAUUUAAAAAAAAAAAAAAAUCUUGAUACCAAUUCAUGGUACAUUGAAUAAAUUGGAUAGAUUCAGAGCAAUAUAUUACUAGGAUUUCUUUUUCAUAAUUUUUUUUUUUUAUAUUAUCUAUUAAAAAAAAAAUUUUAAAUUUUUUUAAAAAUUUUUAAAUAAAAUUUUUUUUUAUUGUUAAGAAAAUUUAAAAAAAAAUAUAAAAUUUAAAAAAAAAAAAAAUCUUGAUACCAAUUCAUGGUACAUUGAAUAAAUUGGAUAGAUUCAGAGCAAUAUAUUACUAGGAUUUCUUUUUCAUAAUUUUUUUUUUUUAGAUAAUGCAUUCAAAAAAUAAUUUUAACAUUUUUUGAAAACCUUAGAUAUAGUUUCAGCAUGUGCAUUUUCAUUAUGAAAUAAAUUGUCACAAUGUCUCUUAUUAGUAAAUAUCUGCAUUAUUGGUAGUUUCAUUGCCCCUAACAUAAAAUCAGUUGUCUCCUUAUAUAAGACUUUUACCACUCUGAAGGUGCUUGAAGUGGCCUGUGUGUAAAAAAAAAAAGAUAUUUAAUUUUGUAACUAUAACAAUUGCUUGUAAUGCAAAAGAGGCAUUUUAACUGUAAUUUAAUUUAGAAAAUUUUAAACAUGACCAUAGUGGACAUGGUUCAAAUUUCAGUUUUAGAUUAUAGAUAUUAUUACAUUUUUUGAACAGGUAACUCCAGAGGUUCCAACAGGGAGGAAUGGCCAAAGUCACAGAAAUUAUGUCCCUUUGUGAAAUUUGUGCUGUAUAAGGAAAAUAAAGAUACUAUGGAUGCCAUAGGGUUAAUAGCUAAAACUUUGAAGUAAGUUGCAAUUCAGUGUCUGUGCGAUGAUUAAUAAUUGGUUUCAAUUACUGAGGGAAAGUUACUUGAGCAAAAAGGUUAGAGAAAGUGGUAAAUGAGAGAGAGAGAGAAUGUGAUAGGGAGGGUGGAGAACAAGACAGACAUAAUUCUAUGGACAUAGGUUUUAGUUUCUUUGUAUUGAACUCUGAAGUUAUGAUAAAUAAAUAAGUUGUUGUAAAACAAUACUGCUGACUCCAUAGGACUUUUUGGCAGGCUGAUCAUGGUAUUAUCAUUUGAAUGAAGUGUAUUUUCACUUAGAUCUAGAAAACAAAAUAAUUCUCCUUUUUUUGAGUUACAUAUCUUAUUUUUGCACUGCAGCAAUUAUCAUCCCUCCCAUCCUGUGUCACUAUCUCUUAUACAUAUUUACUUCUGGUUUGUUCUGCUUCCUCUCCACAACUGGCUCCCCUCCCCUUAAUCCAAAUGUUUUAUAGUCUUUGUCACCGAGCAAGCUUUCAUGUGGGACAUCUGAACUCCUGUAAAAAGGUUUUUUCUUUAUGGGGAGCCAGCUAUUAUAUUUAUCAAUAAAGAGACACGGGUAUGGUGUAGGACUGUCUUUAGGACCAUUGUUUAAAGGCCGGCAGAUAGGGUGUAGGACUGUCUGUAGGCCUUUUGUUUAAAACCGCAUAUAUUCUAUAAAAUGGGAAGUUAACUCUUUUUUUGUAACACUUGGACCCACCUCGUAUUUUCUCAAAAUAUACAGACCUGAUGUAAAAAAAAAAUGCACCAGGCUGGUCCCACAUAGAAAUUAUUGCAAUUUAGGCCCUCUUUUUAACCUUAAUAGAAAUAUGUUUGAAUUAUUUUAUUGAGAUAUGUUAAGCAUAAUGAGACCAUAUUGAGGGAUACUAUUUGGUAUACACAUAUGUUAAGUAUAACGAGGCCAUAUUAAGGGAUAAUGUUUUCAAUUCAACAUAAUGGAAACAAAUUACAUGCCUUAGGAUUUUCUGUUAUUACAGGUUAAAAGAGAGCUUAUUUCAGUAUGCUGGUACGAAAGACAAAAGAGCGAAAACAUCUCAGGAAGUCACAGCUAACAGGUAUGUAGGGAUGUAUGCAUGUAAUGUAGUUGUCACUAUUAUACUAUAAGUAAACUUUUGGGAUGUCUGAGCUCAGUAACUGCAUGACUGAAAUUACAACAGAAUAGUUCUUUAAGAUUAUCGAUUACAUUGUAAUGCUAAAUUAAUAUUGUUUAUUCACAAAAUCCUGCAAAAUAACCAAGCUCCCACUAUUCUGAUAAAAAAAAAAAAUUAAAAAUUAAAGCAACACUUGUAAUAUUUUGAUUAAUCAUAAGAUAAUUUGUUUUCCCUCUUCUUCCAGGGUACAUCCUAAAAAAUUGGUUUUUCUUAACAAAGUGCUUCGCAACAUGGCACUUGGGAAUUUCCGGUAGGUAUAUCUAUUUCCAGAGGAUUUUUUUUUAAUGUCCAGUGACAAAACAUCGUAACUGUCCCUCCUUCCCAAGCCAAAUCUAUUUUCUCUCCUUAUUUUCAUGAUGCUCUUCUUUUAAGUUUUUAAGUUAAAUGUGUCAAAAGUUAUACAAUUCGUCCCCUUAGAAUAACAAUGUUCUAUGUGACCUUUUGAUCAAACCGAGAUAUUCGCGUUUGAAAAUUUGAUGUUUGGUUUGUAUAAACUAAAAACGUUUUGAUCGAAGUUGUUGUUGUUUGUUGAUAUUAUCAAUACAAGGUUGGUUCAUUCAAAUGAAGGUUCUAGGUAUUGAUUUUGAUUUUAUAUGAAUUUUUGAAAUUUUCGAUAGAACCUUGUAAUUCUGAAAAUGCUAUUUCACUUUAGAAUAACAAGGUUCUGUUUAUUAAACUCUAUGAUUUAAAUUUAAGCAGUUCCUUUCAAGAAUAAAUACAUAUUCAUUAUUUAGAUCACAAAUACUUACAAGACAAAAUCAUUUAACAAUUAUAUUUAAAGUAAAGAUAGAAAAUAUUUCCUUGUAUAUAGUUUAUUUGUAUUAAUUUAUUAUUACAAACUGAAACAUAAACAUUAAUUAGACAAUAAGAUGGUUUACACACAAACUUGAAGUUUCUGCAUUAUUUUCAUUCAAAACCAGCUACCAUACUACAACAAGUUACAUAUUUAUGUUGCUAUAGUAUUGCCUGUCUAACUCUGGCAUGAACUUGAUCACGUCUCUAAAAUCUGUUUUCUUAGCUGCAGACAGUUUAUUAGAUGACAUUGCUAUCUUUGUUUGAGGCAAAAAUACUUGCGUUGAUUUAAAUGGGACACAACUUCUAGUGCUUUUAGGUUUUCUUAUAUUGAUGUUUUGAAAUGCUAUCUCUAUAUGGCUAAAUCUACAAUCAAUCAACGGCUCAUUUGUAAAUUUCAUUUUUCGGUACACAUACUUUGGAAUAUUUUACACUCUGGUAUUGAAACUUAUCAAUCUGUACUUUAGACUAAAUUUUAGUAUGUGUUUUAAAAUCUUUGAAGUCAUUUGGCCUCAAUGCUUCGUCUGUAUGAUUGUAUAAGGUUUCUCCUGUUUAAAAAUUUAAGGACUCUUAUUAGACUUAGUGGUGAAAACACUUCACAUGGCAAUGGAUAAUAUUAGCAUUGCUAUCAGUAUCAUAUUCGCUUGACGAGGAGCUUAAAAAACUAUUUGAAUUUGCUAGUGAUAAUAUAAAAUGAGUCAAACAAAGUAGAGUUAAAUCUGAAAAAAAGGAACGCAACAAAUAAAGUAGUUUUUUGUUGUUGUUUUGAUGGGUUCCUUUUUUCAGGUUUAACCCUACUUUGUUUUACUCAUUUUAUAUUGUGCUAAAUGGACUGCAGUCUCUCUCCUCAAAUCCCCUAUUUUCUAUUGAGGCGUCCACCAUUUUGAAUGUAAACAAUCCGUGACCAUUGAGGUAACGGUAAAUAACAAGCCUAAUGAUUGGCUGAAGAUACCGAACUCAUUUUACAAUCUGAAUUUUUAUUGGUUCACCAUAAAUGGUACCCCUUUAACACUAAAAAUAUACGUUAGAACUUUGUUAUUCUCAAGUGAAAGGCCAACCUCACGUUAGAACCUUGUUAUUUUGUAUUUCCUGCAAAAGCGGCUCAUUAUAAAGCUUUCAUCUUUUGUACCAUGAUAGAUGGGUUGAUUGACUGUUGUACCAUGAUAGAGGGGUUGAUUAACUGUUGUAACAUGAUAGAUGGGUUGAUUAACUGUUGCACAGGGGUAAUAACUCAUUUUUUUCAAAAAAUCGACUUAGAACAUUGUUAUUCUAAGGGGACGAAUUAGCACUUGAAAAGAAGAAGUCCAUGAGACUAUUGUUAAUUAUUUUACAUUUCCAAAGCUGAACAGUGUUACCAGAUUUCCUACCAUAAUGCAGAGACUGAUUAGUUGUUAAUUUGUUGCAUUUAACAAUUGUGAAAGUCCAAAAUUUAUUUGUAGAUAUGUUCCUGAACCUCUCAAGCUUGGACAACUUUCUGGAAAUGAGUUCACAAUAGUUUUAAGGUGAAUAUCACUUGUCAAUAUUUGUUCAAAGGAUUACACAUAAAUUUAGCUUUAAUUACCAUGUUACUCUGGUUACCACAAAGUGCAUAAGUAAAAAAAAAAGAUUCAAAAUAUUAUUAAUGUACUAUUUUACAGUAAAAUAAUUUUACUCUCUGUAUUUGUUUUUAACAUCUUUUUACACCAGCUAAUCAGGAUGGGAUGAAUAUUAUAUGUAUAUAUGUAGCUGUGUGCCAAGUGGGUAGUUGGUGGCAUUACAGUUUAAAAUUUGGUUUACAAAUCCAAGGAAAUGAUGUUGUGAUAUACUAAAACUUUAUUGGUUCUAAGUGUAUUGUAAAAAGAAAUAGAGAUCGAAAUAGGGUAAUACAUGAAAAGAUACACAUAUAGUACAUGUUAUUUACCAUAUGACAUAAGAAUAAAUAACUAGCAAGAGACAAAGGGGACAAAUCUGAAUAAUGAAUGUUCUAUUGGUUAUCCAAAGGAAGACAAUGAUUCAAUAAACACGUAGGACAACUCUGAAUGUAACAGGCCAUGUUAAGUAGGCCAAAGAUUCACAACCAGCAACAGACACAUUUUUCAAUGUGAAAUGAAAAAUGAUAAUCAUGUUGAAUAAUAAAGUUGACAGCAACAACUAUUCAUUAUUAUAGUUGACCCAACAUGAGCCUCCCAAUAGCAUAUAAUAUAAUCUAAUACCGGUUUACUAUUUUUUUUUAACACAAUCUUAAUAAACAGGAAUCCAACAGUAAACAAAAAUUGCCAUAAUAGAAAUUCUUGAGCUUUUGAGAGAGAGACAAAGUAUUUAAGUCAGUGCAAAAUCUUCCUUUUGGAAGACAUUUUUCUGCAAGACAGAGCGGUGUAUUGGCAUUCACUCAUGUUGUCUAUUUGGAAUUUAGCUCUAAGAUUUGUGACAUAUUAAUAAUCUUGUUCUGUCAAUUAUUAUGAGAUGUUGUGAUAAGUAGCCGUUGAGCCUGUACAGGUCAGCCGAGAUGCCAUUGAAAACCACAGCUUCAGUGAGCAAGGAAGGGUCAGUUUAUUAUUAUUUUGCAUCAUUCGAUCAAUAGAAGGUACUAAAUGUUGCUGGUUUUUCCCACCAGAAAUGUUGAAGGUGACAUGGAGAAUAUUGAUAAAGCUUUGUCAGCUCUGAAAUCCCUGGGCUUUAUCAACUACUUUGGCAUGCAGAGAUUUGGGACCACAUCUGUACCAACACAUAAAAUAGGAUGGUGAGUCUUAUCAAUAGUGACCGUCAGGACGUUGAGUCUUAAAAAUAUUGGACAGUAAUAAGGGAUGUCUCGGCUGCACGACAACUGCAUGAUGUGUAAUGAAUCAACGUCGAAUCAACUCAGCCUUGAUCAUAUUAACACAAAAUAGUGAAACAUCAUUUCAGCCAAAAUACAUUUUCUUUUAUAAUAUCAAGAAUAGUGAAGUAUCAAAUUAAAUUUAUAAGUGACAGUAAAUGUAUAUUAAAUAUUUUUAGGUACAUAAUUGUGUGUAAGAGUUUAACAGAUUUUGAUCACCAUACCAAAAGAUAUAAAAGUGUGUCUUUCCCCUCUACUACUUUCAGUGCGCUGCUUCAUGGAGACUGGGACAAGGCUAUAGACCUCAUCCUUAUGCCAAGAGAUGGUAACCUCUAUGUUUUCUUAUUUCAAUGAAGGGCUUAGUUAAAAAAUGUGAGAAAUAAGGUUAAGGUAGAUAAAAAGUAACUAUUAUGUUACCCUUGAGAAACAUACAGGUGACUCUGUACUUGAGAAACAUAUUGGUGAUACCUUGCUUGUGAAGCGUGCAUAACCCCACACUUUGCAUAACCCCCUUCAAUUGUGAAACAUUUGGGUGAACCCCGUAACUGAGAAACAUAUCAGUGGCUCAUUAUUUCUCCUAGACACUGUCUUUAAGGCACUUGACACAGUUAUUCAUUCAUGCAGACAAUCCAGCCAAAGAUGAGUUUCAGAAAGUAUGGAUGGCCACACAUGACCCUAAAGCAACCCUUGAAGUGACCCCGAGAUAUUGUGGCCUGGAGAGGAAUCUUUUGACAGCUUUGAAAAAUCAACUCAAGCCAUUCAAUGCCUUAGAGAAGGUUAUCAUACAUUCUUGUACACUUGCUCCAUCUAUGAAAAUGCUUUUUUUAAAAAAAAUACCAGUAGUGUAAACUAAAUAUUUUCUGUGUGUUCACUUAUUUUAACAUUUACUUUUUAGUUCAAUUUUAACUAAUGGCAAAUAUAUUUUUUCUUGGAAGCCUUUUUUGUUUUGUUUUAAAAAAGGCUUGUUCUAGAAAUGCUCCUGCAAAUAUUCAAAGAGAAUGUUUGAUAAAUGAAUGUUUUAAAUUUAAUUUUGUAAUAUGCCCCACGAUCUUUCCACCUUUUCAUCUAGAUUUCUAGGAACACCCGACUCUUGUAUGUCCACAGUUAUCAGGCGCUGGUGUGGAAUUUAAUGACAUCCAGACGUUUGAAACAGUUGGGCAGUAAAGUAGUUGUUGGUGACCUUGUUAUAACCAAGGAGGCUCACAAAACAGGUAGAAAUACUUUCUAUUCAAAUAACUAAUCAAAGAUCAGACAAGAAAGUUAUUUAAAAGGAUAGCUUUUUAAUACUGAAAUUUCCUUCUGAUGGAUUUCUUACAUAUUAUUUUUUGUGUGCUUGACAUUGUGUUUUUCUUGUCUGUUUUGAGUCAGAAUAUGGCAAACAUCAAGUAGUCCCACAUCAAGUUAGCUUAUAAGCUUGGCUUAGUUGGUUGAAAUUUGUAACUCAAGGUCUCGUCUAUUCCAAAAGGUCUAAUUCUCAACCUAAUGUUGACAACACCCAAAGGUUCAACCUAAUGUUGACACCAGCCUUAGGUUCAAUGUAAUAUUGACACCAGUCAAAGGUUCAAUGUAAUAUUGAUACUAGCCUAAGGUUGAACCUAAUAUUGACACCAGCCUUAAGGUUCACCCUAAUAUUGACAACAGUCUAAGCUUUUAAACAUCACUUCUAAAUCUUGGUUAUGCAUUAUCCAAUGAUUCCAAAAGUUCUCACUUCUAAAUCUUGGCUAUGCAUUAUCAAAUGAUUCCAAAAGUUCUCACUUCUAAAUCUUGGUUAUCCAUUAUCCAAUGAUUCCAAAAGUUCUCACUUCUAAAUCUUGGGUAUGCAUUAUCAAAUGAUUCCAAAAGUUCUCACUUCUAAAUCUUGGCUAUGCAUUAUCCAAUGAUUCCAAAAGUUCUCACUUCUAAAUCUUGGUUAUCCAUUAUCCAAUGAUUCCAAAAGUUCUCACUUCUAAAUCUUGGUUAUGCAUUAUCCAAUGAUUCCAAAAGUUCUCACGUCUAAAUCUUGGUUAUGCAUUAUCCAAUGAUUCCAAAAGUUCAACACCUAAAAGGUAUAAAUGAGAUGACUUUGUGUUUUGUUUCUGAUUGUUUUUCUCAAGUCCGUCAACGUUGACUCCACAGACCACCCAAAUCCCACUGUAGUGACACUGGAGAAUAUUAGUGAUUACAGCUUACAUGAUGUGGUCCUACCCCUGCCUGGUCAUGAUGUCAUUUACCCUCAGAAUGAAGGUAACACAACAAAAGCUAGAAUCUGUUUCAUACUCUUUUUUAUUUUGUUGUUGUUAGGUACAGAUUUAAUUCUGAUGCUGCUAGUAACUCAACUGGCAAGACUGCAGCUAUUUUAGCAUAGAAAUCUGAUUGCAGCUUAACUAGUAAGACUGCAGCUAUUUUAGCAUAGAAAUCUGAAUGCAGCUUAACUAGUAAGACUGCAGCCAUUUUAGAAUAGAAAUCUGAUGCUUAGCUAGUAAGACUGCAGCCAUUUUAGAAUAGAAAUCUGAUGCUUAGCUAGUAAGACUGCAGCCAUUUUAGAAUAGAAAUCUGAUGCUUAGCUAGUAAGACUGCAGCUAUUUUAGAAUAGAAAUCUGAUUCUGCUAGUAACUCAACUGGCAAGACUGCAGCUAUUUUAGCAUAGAAAUCUGAUGCUUAGCUAGUAAGACUGCAGUCAUUUUAGCAUAGAAAUCUGAUGCUUAGCUAGUAAGACUGCAGCCAUUUUAGCAUAGAAAUCUGAUGCUUAACUAGUAAGACUGCAGCCAUUUUAGCAUAGAAAUCUGAUUGCAGCUUACCUAGUAAGACUGCAGCCAUUUUAGCAUAGAAAUCUGAUGCUUAACUAGUAAGACUGCAGCCAUUUUAGCAUAGAAAUCUGAUGCUUAACUAGUAAGACUGCAGCCAUUUUAGCAUAGAAAUCUGAUGGCAGCUUACCUAGUAAGACUGCAGCCAUUUUAGCAUAGAAAUCUGAUGCUUAACUAGUAAGACUGCAGCCAUUUUAGCAUAGAAAUCUGAUGCUUAACUAGUAAGACUGCAGCCAUUUUAGCAUAGAAAUCUGAUGCUUAACUAGUAAGACUGCAGCCAUUUUAGCAUAGAAAUCUGAUGCUUAACUAGUAAGACUGCAGCCAUUUUAGCAUAGAAAUCUGAUGCUUAACUAGUAAGACUGCAGCCAUUUUAGCAUAGAAAUCUGAUGCUUAACUAGUAAGACUGCAGCCAUUUUAGCAUAGAAAUCUGAUGCUUAACUAGUAAGACUGCAGCCAUUUUAGCAUAGAAAUCUGAUGCUUAACUAGUAAGACUGCAGCCAUUUUAGCAUAGAAAUCUGAUGCUUAACUAGUAAGACUGCAGCCAUUUUAGCAUAGAAAUCUGAUGCUUAGCUAGUAAGACUGCAGCCAUUUUAGCAUAGAAAUCUGAUGCUUAACUAGUAAGACUGCAGCCAUUUUAGCAUAGAAAUCUGAUGCUUAGCUAGUAAGACUGCAGCCAUUUUAGCAUAGAAAUCUGAUGCUUAGCUAGUAAGACUGCAGCCAUUUUAGCAUAGAAAUCUGAUGCUUAGCUAGUAAGACUGCAGCCAUUUUAGCAUAGAAAUCUGAUGCUUAGCUAGUAAGACUGCAGCCAUUUUAGCAUAGAAAUCUGAUGCUUAGCUAGUAAGACUGCAGCCAUUUUAGCAUAGAAAUCUGAUUGCAGCUUACCUAGUAAGACUGCAGCCAUUUUAGCAUAGAAAUCUGAUGCUUAACUAGUAAGACUGCAGCCAUUUUAGCAUAGAAAUCUGAUUGCAGCUUACCUGGUAAGACUGCAGCCAUUUUAGCAUAGAAAUCUGAUGCUUAACUUGUAAGACUGCAGCCAUUUUAGCAUAGAAAUCUGAUUGCAGCUUACCUAGUAAGACUGCAGCCAUUUUAGCAUAGAAAUCUGAUUGCAGCUUUUUAGCACAUAAAGUUUUCAGCUGUCUCCAGAUUUCUGUGCUUGAGGCUUUGUACAUGGCUUCUUACCUACCUCCUAAAAGCUGCUAUACUGAGCUACACGAUUAUUCUACAUGGGUUAUUAUCUGUAGCUGGGAACAACUUGGGACAUGCAAGGACCUGCUACCACUGUGUAGAGAGCCUGGUAAUGUUACUGUUGCUUCAGUGGGGUGACAUAUUGCGUUCUGUUCUUUAUUUUUACUAGUUACUUUGAUUUAAAUUAAGUUCAUUUGAGUCAUUCAUUUCUGUUGUUGAAAAUAUCUAUAAGUAAAUUGGAAAUGAUAAAUUUUGUCCUUUUAAAGGUAAAGAUAAUAAGGAUCUAAGGAUCUGACAACAUUGUCACUGCAGAAAUUGAAUGAGGCUUGCUUUUUCUAUAAAACAGUGACUUUAUUCUUUUAACUUAUAUACAUGCCAUAAGGAAAUACAGGUUUAUAUACACAUAAAUUCAAUGUAAUGAAUUAAAUAUAUGGCAACAUAAAAUCUGUGCAAUCACACUGCAAACGGCUUAAUUCUAAUCCAUCUUGCCACUCCAAAAACACAUCUGUCCAACAAAGUUUAUUUUCUGUUCUAACAUGACCAGAAUCAAGCCAUUUGAGUUGUUGUUUAUUUUUACCACCCUCUGUGCCAGCAUGGGCUCUGAUUUGUGUUCAACAUAGUAAUCUCAUAUCAGUUUGCAGUUUCACAUUGACUUGUGUUCACCAUAUUAAUCUCAUACCAGUUGUUCUCAUAUUGAUUUGUGUUCACCAUAGUAAUCUCAUAUCAGUUGUUCUCACAUUGGCUUGUGUUCACCAUAGUAAUCUCAUAUCAGUUGUUCUCAUAUCAGUUGUUCUCAUAUUGAUUUGUGUUCACCAUAGUAAUCUCAUAUCAGUUGUUCUCACAUUGACUUGUGUUCACCAUAGUAAUCUCAUAUCAGUUGCAGUUUCACAUUGACUUGUGUUCACCAUAGUAAUCUCAUAUCAGUUGUUCUCAUACUGAUUUGUGUUCACCAUAGUAAUCUCAUAUCAGUUGUUCUCAUACUGAUUUGUGUUCACCAUAGUAAUCUCAUAUCAGUUGCAGUUUCACAUUGACUUGUGUUCACCAUAGUAAUCUCAUAUCAGUUGUUCUCACAUUGACUUGUGUUCACCAUAGUAAUCUCAUAUCAGUUGUUCUCACAGUCCACUAUUCAUAUCUGUGACAAACAUCUAAGCCAUAGAAAUUUUUGAUUUCAGUUCGUGACUGGUACAGGUCAACACUAGAGGCUGAUGGCCUGAAUAUUGACGACAUGAAACGACAUCAAAAGUAAGUGACAGGAAGGACCUUCCAUUUUGAGUUUAUCUGAUUAUCUAAAGCAGGGAUGUUAAACUCAAUUGCUCGGCGGGCUAAAACUCAAAUCACAUGUAAGGUUGCGAGCCAAACAGGUUAAACAUUAAAUAAGCGGGAAAUUAAUAUUUAAAAAAAAACAUUUAUGUAAAUGAAAACAAAAAAAAGUUUUAAUAAUUAAAAAUCAUUGGCAUUCCCAUUUUUAUCACAUUUUCUUGGCUACAAAAAAAGUAAGUUCGUUUAUGUUGGGAGUAUUGCUCUAUGUCAUUGAGAUUCUCAUGAUGGACUCUGUGCGAUGUUUUGUUAAUCUUCAUCACAGAAAACAGCUGCUCACACAUGUGCUACCCAACAUGCUCAAGGUUUGAGCCACAUGUAGACAAAGUUGGGGAAUAUUUUCAGGAAUGAAAUGAGUGAACUGAGCAGGCCCAACUGUUUUCUACUUUGCCUUUAGUGUCCCAUUACACUGCAGCUCUAUUAGUUCCUUCCGCAAAUUUAUAGGUUCAGUUUUCACGUCUAUGACUAAUGGGUUACGAAGCAGCUCGAAAUUACAUUUUUUUGCUACAAAGUCACUAAAGUGCCAUGCGAACUCGGCGCGAAGUAAGCUAAGUUCUUCAGCAAAGUGUGCUUUGGGAAACACCAAAGCGUUGACUUGGAUAUAAGGGUAUGCUGGUCAAGACCUUGCAGGCCUAAAAUAAUUUUACGGAGGGCCUUGAGUUUGACACAUGUGAUCUAAUGAAAUCAUUUUAUAUUAUGGCUUUUUUAUUUCAACAAGUCUUUGAUCUUCAUGCACAGUGCUAAUUUAAAGUGGGCAAAGUCUUGAGUUUCAAACAGGGAAUCUAAUAUCCUUUGAAUUAAUUACCCCACAUCCGUUAUUGAUUAAAUAUAAAAAUUACUUAAACUGUCAAUGACAUAAACAACUUGUAUUUAACAAGGGAUAAACAUUUUCAUUGCAAUACAUUUAAAAAAAACUUCCAUGGUUAUAGAAUAUGAAACUCGACUUAUUUGUAAAUCUGCUAUAAAAACUGAAUUAAAUUGGAAUUGAUGGGAGACACUAAGUCUUAGUCAAUGUUAUUUCCAUAAGUUCAAAUAUGAAUGCUUACAAAACAUUAUCCUACCUUCAUGGGUGCUUAUAAAAAUAUACUUCAUCUUAGUACUACAUUUCCUGUUCAACUUUAUGUCAUGAGAGAAAUAAUGCAAUGUCCUUUCAGGGAUUAUUCCUUACCUGGUGCAUAUCGCCAUGUUGCCAUUCUACCAUCCACUGUUGAGUGGUCACACCACACCUAUGAUGACUACACUACACCCCUGACAUUGAGUGAUCUGGAUCUUAUCAACAAAGUAGAGCUACCUGCCACAUGCAGCAAUGGUCAGUGGAUAGCUACUGCUAAAAUAUGUACCAGACAUUCAGAUUCUUUUAUUCCAAACAUAUGGACAUGUUGCUCGUAAAGGAACUGAAUAUUUAAGUCAUUAUCAGUUAAAUGUUUAUUGCAAGUUCCACAUCAAACACCUGCAGAUUCAUUUUGUUUAUCGCAAGUUCCACAUUAAAACCUUGCAGAUUAAUUUUUCUAAAGGCUUGAAAUCAUGUUAUCUUUCCCUUUGAUCAAACUACAAUGAUUAAAAUGUUGUUUAGAUCAGUGUUUAGAAACAUUGUGUAGAUAUUCAGCACACCUCCAGUCUCACAUCACUUACAUUAUGUUUUACUAAGUCUCAGAUACCGUAUGAAUUAUUUGACCAGUCUUACAUCCCUCAUGUUAUAUUUUACUAAGUCUCAGACACCCUAGUCUCUUAUAUUAUGUUUUACUUAGUCCCAGAUACUGUAUGAAUUAUUUGGCCGGUCUCACAUCACUUACAUUAUGUUUUACUUAGUAUCAGACACACUAGAGUUAUUUCACUAGUCUCUUACAUUAUGUUUUACUUAGUACCGUAUGAAUUAUUUGACUAGUCUCACAUCCCUUAGGUUAUAUUUUACUAAGCCUCAGACACCCUAUGAGUUAUUUGACUAGUCUCUUACAUUGUGUUUUACUAAGUCUCAGACACCUUUGAACUAUUUGACUGGUCUCACAUCCCUUACAUUAUGUCGUACAUUACUAAGCUCGCAUCCCCAACAAAAGUAAUAGAGCAUUUUAAAAUUAGAAAAUAAUUUGACUUUAGAUUUAUUUAUUCCACUGCAAAGAGGACUGUAGAACUUAGAAAAUAAACUUGUGACUGAACACAUCAAGGAAAUUUUAUGAAGACAUUUUUAAAAUUUAGUAUUUGCCAAAAUUAACAAUUCAAACAAUUCACUCAUUACAUUUAUAUAUGAGCAAAAACAAUAGUUCAUUAUGUAUAAAUAUUUAUAUCAUAAUUUUAAAGCUGCGUGUCUCCUCUGUUCUACCCCCUGAAAGGCCACCUUCCCAUGUUGACAAAAAUUGGUGUUAUGUUUUUGGAUAACUACUUCUGCUUAUAAUAAUUGAAGAAUCUAUCCGUGUAACAGAAUAGACAUUAAUCCACAUACAAAAGUUAAGACCCCUAUUUCCAUUGAACUUAGUAAAUGUGUUUUGUGACUUACAACAGCACCGACCCAAAAUAAAUAUAACAUUAUAAAUAAAUGUUGUCAUUUAGUUAGGCAAAUUGUUUUAACACUACUUCAAUAAAUGUUCCCCUGAAUCAUGCUGUUAAAGAAAGAAGUUACCAACACACCAAGACAUUGAUAUUCAUAGGUACUGAUUCAUUGUGAGCUCCUAAUGUGUUUCUAUAAGUAACAAGAGAUUUCAUAAAUCUAUUUGUUCAGCCAAGUACAGAGCAGUGGCGUGUAAGCUCAAGCUUCCAUCAUCAUGCUAUGCUACAAUGGCUCUGAGAGAGAUACUGAGGACUGACACAUCUGCUGCUUAUCAAACAUCACUCAAUGUUGGCAUAUCAUGGUGA